AUGGACACUACUCUCGUUGUUGGCGUCGUCGUCACUGCGGCCACGGCCCUGCUGGCGUACGGUCUGCCGCUCUUCCUGGCCGAGUACUUUCCCUGGCAGCUGCUGUGGGCGCAGCGCAGCGGCCGGCCGACGGUGACGACAGCGUCGUAUGGCGGCCGCACGGCCAUGGUCACCGGUGCCAACGGCGCCUACGGCUCCCGGGCGGCCACGCUCUUUGCACAGCACGGUAUCGGGACGCUGGUGCUGGUCGACGUGCACGACUGCGCCGACGUGAAGCGCCAGAUUGAGGCCGGCCUGCGCGCAGAGGGCAAGCCGGUGCCCACGAUUCUGGUCUGGCAGAUCGACAUGAUGACCUUUUCCGGCUGCCAGGCGCUGGCUGCCAAGGCUCGUACGCUGCAGCACCUCGACCACGUCCUCCUGACGGCCGGCAUCCUUGCCUUUCACCGGCGGGAGUCGCCCGAGGACUGGGAGACCAGCAUCCAAGUCAAUUUUCUCUCUACCGCCCUCAUUGCCCUCUUGCUGCUCCCUCUGCUCAAAUCCUCGCCAGGCAAUCCGGAGCCCCCGGUCCUCACUUUCACCACCUCUUUUGGCGUCUACCCGUCCUCCUUCACCAUGGGCUUGCCCCGGUCGCCGCACGCAUCUUAUCUCAAGCGCCUCAGCUCCAACCGUGAUGGUAUGGAACAGGCCCACCAGUACGGCCGCUCCAAGGCCCUGCUGCUCUACUUUGCUCGCGAGCUAGCUGCCCGCAUUGCCAACGCGAAUUAUGCCGGCCGCAUCGGCCGUGUGACCAUCACCAGUGCUGAUCCGGGUUCCGCCUGGACCCCUCUGACGAACCCCAACCAGAGCAAGCUGAUUCCACGUCUCAUUAUGAAUAUCAGUGCCCGCGACCCCCUUAUCGGCGCCACUGCCCUUGUCAAUGGAGCCUCUGCCCCCGGCUCGGCUCACGGUGAGAUCCUGCAUGACUUUGACGCCGUGUCUUAUCCGCCCUUCAUGAACCGCCCGAGCGGUCGGAUCGCCCAGCAGCGGGUCUGGGAGGAGGCUCGGCGCGAAUUUGAGGCCAAGGUGCCCGAGGUGGCGGCUGUGUUUGGGACUCUGGAUGAAGAGUAG